AUGCCACGCCUCUCCAGCUGGGCAGCGCUCCCCCUCUUGCUCGCGACGGCCCCCUCGUCGCUAGCUGCCCCGCUCCUCGCCGCUCGCCAGUCAAACCCAAAGACCCUCGACAGCUGCUUGCAGAACGCAGGGCUCUCGCCUGUCACCACCUCGUCGACCAACUGGGACCGCGACUCGGCCGCCUACAACCAACGCCUCGAGCCCACCCCAACCGCGAUCCUCUACCCGCUCUCGCAAGACGAGAUCUCCUCCGCCCUUUCCUGCGCCGCCCAAUCCGGUUUCUCCGUCUCUGCCCGUGGAGGAGGUCACUCCUACGCUUCCUACAGUCUCGGCGGGACCGACGGGGCGCUCGUCAUUGACCUCGGUAACCUGGUCGACAUCUCGGUUGAUUCGAACGGCGUCGCGGCGAUUGGAGGCGGCAGCAGGUUGGGAGAUAUCUAUCUGGCGCUCGACAAAGAGGGGUGGGCGGUUGCGGCGGGCGUGUGUAACGGGGUUGGGAUCGGUGGACAUGCUGGAUUUGGAGGAUUCGGCUACCCGAGUCGCAUGUGGGGACUGCUGAGCGACCAGGUCGUCGGCUACGACGUCGUCCUCGCCAAUGGCACGGCCUUGACGAACCUCACCCGCGACCAGAACCCGGACCUCUUCUGGGCUCUGAACGGCGCCGCGCCCAACUACGGCAUCGUGACCAAGUACUACGUUCAAGCGCACCACAAGCCCGCCACGGCCGUCGUCUUCUCGUACACCUACAACUCGCCUUCGACCGUCAAUGCCGCGACGGCUUUCGAAUCGUUCGCCUCGUUCGGCAACACUUCGGCGCCCGCGAACCUCGGUAUCACGGCGACUAUCGGUUCGGGCAGCAUCGAGAUCUCGGGCGUGUGGUACGGCCCUCGCGCAGAGUUUGACGGCGUCAUCCAGCCUUUGCUCGACGAGCUGCUGCCUCCCGACUCGUCCGACGUCGAAGCGAUGAGCUGGAUCGACAGCGCCACGAAGCUGGCUGGAGUCGACGACCUCGCUACGAACGGCAAGAUGCUCCAGUCGCGCGACUCGUUCUACGCCAAAUCGAUCAUGACACCCUCGACUAUCCCCGUUUCCGUCGACGUCCUCGAAUCCUUCUUUGACUACCUCUGGCACUCGGGCAAGGGCGGCGACACCAACUGGUUCGUCGAAGUCAACACGUAUGGAGGCGCAAACUCGGCUAUAAACAACGUUUCCCUUGCCGACUCGUCGUUCGGUUUCCGCGACAAGCACCUCACGUUCCAGCUUUAUGCGUCGUCGUCGACUUAUGGCAACCCGUACCCCGACGAUGGAGUCUCGUUCGUCCAGGGAAUGUAUGACACGGUUGUCGAUGGCAUGACUGCGAAGGGCUGGUCGAACAACUCGUCUUCGCCCGACGGCUACGCGGGAUACGUCAAUUACGUCGACCCGCAGCUCACGUUCGACCAGGUCAAGAACCUCUACUGGGGGUCGCAGUACAACAAGCUCUCGGCUCUCAAGGCGCAGUACGACCCUCAGCAGCUGCUCAACCGUCCUCAAGGCAUUCAGCCCAGCUCGAGCUAG